CUUGGGACGCCUGGCGGAACUGCUUCCUGUUGCUAUGGAGAGGAGACGGAAGUGUCGGUUGCUAUGGAUAAGCGUGCCGUGGAGAUGGAGCCGGAAUGUGUGAGGUGGAGUGUACGGGAGGUCGGUGGCUGGAUCCGGCUCAAAGGCUUCCCCCAGUAUGAGGUGAUCAUCGGGGGGCUCCGGGUUCCUUAUUAAACCACAUACCUACCAAGCGUCCCGAUUCAGGAGGGGCAGUCCCUAUAUUGGACCAAUAUAUCCGAGUGUAUCACAGGGCUCCACAGCAAUAAUACUCCCAGUAACAGAGCUCCACAGCAAUAAUACUCCCAGUAACAGAGCUCCACAGCAAUAAUACUCCCAGUAACAGAGCUCCACAGCAAUAAUACUCCCAGUAAUGUGUCUGAGUGUAUAACAGAGCUCCACAGCAAUAAUACUCCCAGUAAUGUGUCUGAGUGUGUAACAGAGCUCCACAGCAAUAAUACUCCCAGUAAUGUGUCUGAGUGUAUAACAGAGCUCCACAGCAAUAAUACUCCCAGUAAUGUGUCUGAGUGUAUAACAGAGCCCCACAGCAAUAAUACUCCCAGUAAUGUGUCUGAGUGUAUAACAGAGCUCCACAGCUGUAAUACUCCCAGUAAUGUGUCUGAGUGUAUAACAGAGCUCCACAGCAAUAAUACUCCCAGUAAUGUGUCUGAGUGUAUAACAGAGCUCCACAGCAAUAAUACUCCCAGUAAUGUGUCUGUGUGUAUAACAGAGCUCCACAGCAAUAAUACUCCCAGUAAUGUGUCUGAGUGUAUAUCAGAGCUCCACAGCAAUAAUACUCCCAGUAAUGUGUCUGAGUGUAUAACAGAGCUCCACAGCAAUAAUACUCCCAGUAAUGUGUCUGAGUGUAUAACAGAGCUCCACAGCAAUAAUACUCCCAGUAAUGUGUCUGAGUGUAUAACAGAGCUCCACAGUAUACUCCCAGUAAUGUGUCUGAGUGUAUAACAGAGCUCCACAGCAAUAAUACUCCCAGUAAUGUGUCUGAGUGUAUAACAGAGCUCCACAGCAAUAAUACUCCCAGUAAUGUGUCUGAGUGUGUAACAGAGCUCCACAGCAAUAAUACUCCCAGUAAUGUGUCUGAGCGUAUAACAGAGCUCCACAGCAAUAAUACUCCCAGUAAUGUGUCAGAGUGUAUAACAGAGCUCCACAGCAAUAAUACUCCCAGUAAUGUGUCUGAGUGUAUAACAGCUCCACAGCAAUAAUACUCCCAGUAAUGUGUCUGAGUGUAUAACAGAGCUCCACAGCAAUAAUACUCCCAGUAAUGUGUCUGAGUGUAUAACGGGGCACCACAGCAAUAAUACUCCCAGUAAUGUGUCUGAGUGUAUAACAGGGCACCACAGCAAUAAUACUCCCCGUAAUGUGUCUUUAAACCACAUCGUUCUGGUUCUAAAUCACAUUUUAUCAGUAAGUCACAUCCUUAAAAUUUAAGUGUCCCUUUGAAAUGUUGGGAGAAUUACUAUACGACUAUGGGGUUACUUAAGGUUACAAGCUCUGCCAUGUUUUGCUGGACGUAUAUAUCUUAUAAAGAGUUAUAGACUAAAGUGUAACUUGUGGAGAAUGCAAAGUUAAUAUAAAAUUUUACUCCGAAAUAGCAGAAAGCUCCCAAAAUUCAUUUUAUUUGGAUUCAGGUUUGUUGCGUCAAGCAACAUGCCAGUUCUAAUUUUCUAAUUAUGCUACACUUCUUCUAACAGUCUCCGACUUGGCGAGAUCAUUGAUCACUAUAAGCAUUGAUAGACAAGAUGACAGGUGUUGGAAUAAUUUGCUGGAUUUUUAAUUGUUUUCUAUCUUGGGCUUUGAUAUACAUGCACAGUGUUCAGAGAAAGAUGUGGGGAAAAAAUCAUCCAGUGACAUGGCAUGUUAUCUUGCUGGAAAUAACCAUUAGAGCAGGGGUAGAGCCCAAGGUGAUGUAGAACUACAACUCUCAUGAUUCUUUGCAUGUCUUUAGAAUGCAUUUAGAUUAGAAUGACAAAGCAUCAUGGAAGCUUUAGUUUUAAAACGUCUGGGGAUCUACCUUUUGGGCACCCCUGCAUUAGAGGGUGGGUAGAUUCUGGCCAAGGGAUGGACUUCAUCAGAAACAAUACUCAGGUAUGCAUUCAAAUAAUGCUUCAUUGGAAUUGAUGGAUUUAAAGGCAUAAUAUAGUGCCAGGAAUACAACACUGUAUUCUUGGCACUAUAGCUCCCUCUGUCAACCCCCUCCACUGCUUAAAACCCAUUUAUAUAGUUACUAGAUCCCAGCGCCGAUGUCCCCAUGCAAAGAUGACAGAGAAGAAAAGACCCUAAAUGACUUUGGCUGCUGGGGGUUUAACAUGGUUCAAACUCACUGUAAAAUAAGGAAAACACAGCUUUCCAUGGACACCUUUAGUCCAAUUGGUUAGACAAUGUGUCAACUCUUCAAGGCUCAACCCUUUCAACCUAGUCAAAAUUGUCUUCUGGUAUCAGAGAUACAGAUGUUGCAUUGAAGCUGAUAAUUAUGCUGGGGAUGUGCCUUUUGCCAAGUACAUAUAAAACCUUUGCUAGUGGUUUUCUUUGUAUAUUUAUAUAACAAUCCAUAUUAUUUUUGGUUUUUUAAAAGGUGUAAUUUUUAGAAUUAAACACAAAGCCUGGACAUCUUGGUUUUGGGUACAAUCCAUGUGUUUGUUACAUACUGGCGUGUUUUAUACAGACCAUAACUGAUCAUAUAUCUGCUCUAAGUCUGGUUUAUUUCACAGGCCUGCUUCACAGAAAAUUGCAUCAAUGGCCGGAAGCUUAUCCAUGUAACCUGCUCCAGCCUUCCUCAGAUGGGCGUUAUUGAUUUCCAGGACAUGAAGGUGUGUAUAAACUCAUUUUGUAACCUAAUUAGUAUUCGACUUAGUUUCAGGUCACUAUUGUAGCAUUACUCACCUUAUCCAGGGGCCGGCCGCGGUCCUCUCUUCAAGCCGCGCGCGGUCCUGCUGCUGCACGAGCCGCGCGCAGCUCAUCCGACAGCUCCACUAGCAAGGCGGGCAGUGACCGCGAGAAGCGGUCACGUGUCCCGCCUGAAUCUAAGAGCGCGCCGCGAGUCUCGGGCGCGCUCUUAAAGAGACAGUGGGAGCCUAAAUUGUCAAAAGGCUCCCAUUGGCCCCUGUCAUACCACACUCCCCAUACACUUACCUUUUGGGGGUGUGGAUAUGACAGGAGCCAAUCACAUUAGUUUUGAAGCUAUUUAAACUUACCUCUCCCUUUACUCCCUGCCCUAUCGUGGUUUCUGUAUCAGUUCCCUUUAGCGCUUGUUGUGUUCAGUUGUGUUUCUCCGUAUUGACUUUGGCUUUGUUUCUGACUACGUUUUCUCUUAAUCCUUAUCUGUUCUGGUUGUCGGCUUGCUGUUUACUGUGUACCAGACCCCGGCUUGUCCUAGUUUACGCUGUCUCUCUGUGCCCUUGAUUUCGGAUCGUUCCUGACUCUGUCUCCUCUCAUAUACGUCGAGUCCGGCCAUUCUAAGGUCCGGUAGACGUAUCUCUCCUCUGUGUUGUCUUCUGUUUAGCUGAAAUCUGCGUGUUGGGGUAUAUUCUCGUUACAACUAUUUAGUCAAUAACCUCUCUUCUGUGUGCACUUCUAAGCCAAUAAUAUAUUAUUAUUAUAUUAUUUAUAUUGCGCUCACACUGAUACCAAACUGUAUUUUUCUGCAAUGUUCCAAUUAAAUAAUUUCUUAGAUCUUAGAAAGGGUUUUAAUAGAAUUUAUUAAUAAGUGAAGUUUCUGAUAGUAUAAAUAGUUAAUGUGUAUAAGUAUAACGGUAAAUACUGUUUAUUUGACCAUUGCUUUUUAAGUGACUUUGCUUUUAUUUGUUUAAUCUGUGCACAUUGUCUUUGACUCUGAGCUUUUAAUUAAAUGCAUAUAUAUUAAAGGUAAUUUGUCACGUACAGUAGGUUUAUUGACUAAAUUCCAAAUUGCUCAGAUUGGACUCAACAUUGAAGAUAAGGCACUAAACCAGGAAAAGUGCAGGAGGAAUUGCAAACUUUGAAGGGACACUAUAGGCACCCAGACCACUUCAGCUCAUUGAAGUGGUCUGGGUGCAUACUGCUGGGUCCCUUAACCCUGGACAGGUUUUUAAUAAACUGCAAUAUUACCUUUGUGGGUUUACUCUGUUUUAAUGGCUGUCUACCAACGUUAAUCGCCAAACUGACGCUGGAUGUCCUCACGCUAUGCAUGAGUACAUCAAAAGUCACCCAAAACCCCAUAGGGAAGCAUUGUAUAAUGCUUUCCCAUGGGGUUGUUCUAAUGUGAGCCUGGCCAUUGCUGUGCAUGCGCAUUAGGUCUGCCCUGUCGGCGGGGGAGGAGUAAAGGCGGAUGCUGAGCCAGCACCGAGGGACAUUCACUAAAAAGAAACUUAAGUGAAUUGAAAACUGAAUUGCAAAAAUUAAGCUUAAAAGCAAAACUGUGACUAGACCUGUGCUGGAGAUUUUCUUAUAUCCACUAUUUUAGCAUGCAGUUUGAAAUUCAGUUUAAAAGUCACUACAAUUUGCUGUGUACUGAAAAGACCACUUACUGUUUACAGAUUAUCUACUUAUCUGCCCUGGGAAGGUGGACUAUUCUCUUUAUGUGACAGGAUCACUGAUCUCUCUCCGUUGCAUUGCAUUAGAUAAUAUAAUUAUAAAGUUAGUAAAGAUCAGGUUAUGAGGAAGUGUGAUCAUUCAAAAAUCCUGUACUAAUUAUUACUUCCAUGAUCUCUUCAGGCAAUCUCCAAGCUGAUUAGAGACCUGCUUGCCGUCAGUGAACCUGCAUGGACUCGAAGCAUCUCAUUGCCCCGCAGAGACAACAUGGGACUGUUCCUGGAGCAAAAGUCCAAGACGGGAUUGACUUAUGAUUCAUUGACUUAUAAGCAAUUCAUCAUCCAACAAGGACUAGAAUCCUACUAAGCAAUACAUGGGGAUUACAGUGACGUUCAAGCUAAUCAGAACAUUUUUUGUUUAUAUUUGUGAUGAUUGAAGCUUGCAUUUUCUUUACACACCUUUUAUUUAUAUAUACAAUCUUCCAGUCACUGGGUUAGCUAUAGCCCUCCAUUACUAUUGUCCAGACUUCAAUAUACGUUGUAGUUUUAAAUGAAUUGGGUACAUCCUUUAUGUGCUCUUCUUCACAAUUCUUUUACUCAUUUGGUAGGUUUAAUGAAAUGUGGAACACUCACAGUGGAGAGGUUGGUAAUGUUAUUCAGUAAAGACACAAUUGUCUUGUGAUUAAAAUAGCCUAAUUGUGUUUUUAGUUUGCCUGUUUUGGCCUUAGCUAGCUGUUUUUUCAAUCAAACCAAAUAGAGAAAUUAAACCAAUUGCUCCGGGACUGUGUUAUAAGAUUAAAUUAACAGAAGUAAAUUUGUGUUCAUGCAUACUGUUCUUAUAGAUUGCGCUAAAUGGAACAAAUGAGAGUUAAUAUUUACAGAAAGGACAAAAGAGUCUCUGAAAAUACAAGGUGGACCUUGGGUAGGUAUUCUUUGGUUCUUGAUUGAGUCCUCAGUAGUUAAUAUGAAAAACAAAAGCAAAAACAAAGAGGGACCAAUAGUGCAAAAACCAUUAGGCGAUGGUGUCACAGACCACACAGAGAUAGAGAAAUGCCAACUCACAAUAAAUAGAGCUAUGCCCAGCUCUAGGUAAAACGGCAUACAGUGGUAUUUGAAACUCUUGUCCUUUCUGUAAAUAUUAUCUCUCAUUUCUUCCAUUUAACGCACCCUGUAUUUUUGCUGUUUCCUGUUCUCCCAGAUUUAUUGAAGGGUUUGAGGGUUGCAGCUCCAUCCACCCCUGUGAUUAGUACUGUAGCGCUGUUCCACCCCAAUAAUUUUUUUCUGUUCUUAUAGAUUGCCUCCACCACAUUCCAAAUAUUUUGCUGGGAGAGGAGAUUUUUAAACUCUGGCAAUAUGUUGUUGUGCUGUCAAUAUGAUGUUUAUAAUACGUUUUAUUGUAGGGCUUUAGAAGGUCUUCACUUAAAGAUAAUAAGUAAGUUAGAGGGUUAAAGGGUAUAUUCACUUCGACAGCUGUCUGUACUAUUAAGUGUAUUGAGGUCCAGAAAGACUAAGUUUAUUGGCAAGAACACCAAACGUAGUGCUCGGUACC